AUGUCGUCGCGUGGAAAAUACCGUGCCAAAACGUUGAAGGAAAAAGUGGAAAUUCUGCGGGAAGUGGAUGCAGGGAAGCAGAGUAAGAAUGAAAUUGCCAAAAAGCAUGAUAUACCGAGAAGCACUCCGUCGACCUACAUCCGCAAUAAGAAGACUAUUGAGGACUCAUACGCAGCUGAAACUUUCGCCAAGGAUCGGAAGAGAAUUCGUACAGCAAAGCACCCGGACCUGGAGGCAGCGUUGCUCGCAUGGAUUAAGGGAAAACGGAGCCAGGAUAUCCCAUUGAGUGCCCCCAUCAUUGUAGCGAAGGCAGCUGAUUUCGCGCUACGUCUGAACGUCUCCGACUUCGCCGCUUCGGAAGGGUGGUUUCACUGCUUCAGGGACAGACACAACCUCGUUUUCCGCAGUGUGUGCGGCGAAGCCAAAUCCGUAGACGCAGAAACCUGCACCGUGUGGCGGAAUGGUGCGCUACUAGACCACCUGAACAGGUACGCACCAUCCGAUAUUUUUAAUGCCGACGAGACCGCCUUGUUUUUUAAACUCUUGCCGGACAAAACGAUCACCUACAAGGGGGACGUGUGCGCAGGCGGCAAACGUUGCAAAGAGCGGGUGACGGUGUUGCUCGGGGCCAAUAUGACUGGAACCGAGAAGCUCCCCCUAUUUGUGAUAGGGAAGUCGCAAAAGCCUCGAUGUUUUAAGAACAUCCGCACGCUGCCGGCCGACUAUGCAGCAAAUAAGAAGGCCUGGAUGACGGGCGAGCUUUUCAAGCAGUGGCUGAGGAAACUCGACCGAAAAUUUGAGCUCGGCAAGAGGCAGAUUCUCCUCCUCGUCGACAACUGCUCGGCGCACAAGGUGGAAGUCGAGUUGAGAGCCAUUGAGCUGGUUUUUCUUCCGGCUAACACCACUGCGGCUCUUCAGCCUAUGUAUGGAUCAGGGCGUUAUAAAAGUUUUGAAAAGCUUUUAUAG